GUCAGUGGUGGGACUGAGGCAAAGGAGGGAGGAUAAAGCAAGAAUAGAGACAGAAAGGAGAACAGAGGCACAGAAAAACAGAUCAUUAUACAGCAAAUGAGCAAGAGGCCGCUGAAUGAAUAACAAGGAAGGGAUUACAAAGCGCAGGACUGAAAAAAAAGGAGAGGACACCGACUGAAGACUCUCUCUCUCUUUCCUUCACUCCCUCCUCCCUCUCUAUCCUUCCUGUCACCCUCCCAACUCUCUCAGAGGCUCUCCCUCCCAGACGAUCUCCUCAGUAAAAGAUGGCAUGAGCACACUGUCUCCCAUCCUCAGCUUUUGGAGUAUUUUUUUUUUUUGCUUCACCCUCCUCUCUGUUACUCUUUCUGCAUCUUGCUCUUCUUCCUCUUCUCUCUACACGGGUUCAGUUCAGAGGCUGAAGAGGAGGUGAGCGAGGUAGACAGAGGCUGACCCCUCUCCCUGCCUCCUUUCUCACACCCGCAGGGCCCAGAAAAGAGAAAGAGAGUGUGCGCGCGCGGGAGAGAGCUGGAACAGGGAGUCGUCUGAUGACUUACACUAACAACAAACUCCUUAACUCAGCCGACCGCAGCCCAUUCCCUCUGCCCGACCCCCCCUCCCUGCCUCCUUUAACCCGGAGUCUUACUCUCUGAGUCAGUGGAGGAGGGAUCCAGGAUCAUGUUUGGAUUAAAGACCCCACACUUCUACCUCCCAGGUAUGAACCAUGAAUCCAAUAAGUCACCAUCAUUAGGAAUGAUCUCCACGGCGAGUCGCACCACGGCUACAGUCAGUCCCCUCAGUCCACUAACCAAUGGGAACGCAGUUGCCCAGUCUGCAAACUCUGGAUUCGCUGCUGCCCUUCGUAAACUGGCCAAACAGGCAGAGGACCCCAGAGGUUCUGCCCUCAGCGGUGAAUCGUCUCCCGUCUCUUCCCCGGCCACCAGCCACAGCUCGCCGGUUACCACCCCUAAGCGGGGCUCUUUAGGGCCCCUCCUGGGCCAGAACAGGGGCCGCAGUGUCCCCAGCACACCUCCAGUAGUCACCAUUGCCCCCACAAAGACAAGCAACGGCCUGUGGAGGGCCGACGGAAGACAGGUGGAGCCGAGUGUUCAGGGUCUCAGCAGGGAGCGGGUGGGAGCUGAGAACCCCCAGCCGCAGCAGGAUAAGAGGACUCCUCCCAUCUCUUCACCUCACCCCCUGGCUCACUCCUUUGGCCUCACACCAAGCAGCAUCAUGCAAGACCCCCGAAUGCAGAGCAUCAGUUUGCCGGGGCAGAUGCACCCCGUAGUGCCCUCAGGUGCUGUUCCAGAGGAAUACCUGAGAGCACUCCGGCCGUUCGCCACCUCAGAUGACCUCCGUCUGAGCUCUCUGCCCCUGAGCCUCGACCCGGCCGCUGCAGCCCACGCCGCCGUCGCCGCUUACUAUCAUCCAGCCUACCUGCACCACCCUCUGUCCUUACCGAGGAUGGAGGAGUCUCUGUGUCUUUCUGCACUGCGAUCACAGUUCUACUCUGUGCCUGCAGGGGGUGCCUUCCCUCCACUGCACCCCUCUGCCCUCCACUUACACCUGCCUGGAGGCCGCUACCCUGCAGACCUAAACCAUACAGCCUUAUCUGAGAGGCUACAGAUGGAGAACGAGCUCCGCCAGCGAGAGAGAGAGCAAGAGCGUGAACGAGAGAAAGAGAGAGAGCGAGAGGCCGGGCUGGAACGAGAGCGGGAAAGAGAGAGGGAGCGAGAGGAGGAGAGGGAGCGUGAGAGAGAGCUGGAAAGACAGAAGGAGAGGCAGAGGGAGAGACAGCAGCAGAUGGUCAGAGCGGCGGAGGGCCACUACCUGGCUGAGCUGCAUGCUCGGAGGGCACCACCGGAGGACAGGGCCAGGCCAGGAGAAAGGCUGACCCCGAACAGACUGGUUUCUCCAGAUAAAUCCAAGGACUCUGAACACCCAGGUUUUUCAGCACCUAAGCCUCUGCAGCCUAGCAUUCACUCCUCCAGGGGCUCUGUGCCAUACCCAGUGCCCAGCUUGUUGCCUUCUCACCUGGGGAAACAUCAUGCUGGUGCUGUUGGUGGGAUCCAUGGAGCUCUUUCCGCCAGCAUGAUGAGUCAGAGAGCCAGCGAGGAGGCGUGGUUAACACGACAGCGAGCACAGGGACAGGACAGGGAGCGUCCCCUAGAGCUUGGCCUCAGGUCACCGGGGAAAGGGGUGGAACCGAGGAGAGACGGCAACCGCAGUACCGGUUCAGUCUAUCACAACCCAGGCAGCAAAGAUGUAGCAGCCUGCCUCGGCGCUCCACCGCCACUAAUCUCCCCAAAAGCUCCCCAUCAACCUCCUGCCCCUGCCACUACACUAUGGAACCCAGCUUCUCUUGUUGACGCACCUGCAGACUCCCGUAGAAAACUUAACGCCCCAACGCCACCGAGUCGGCCGCCACCGGGACUGACCAGAGCUGAGAGACCGCCUGCGGCAUGGGGGGAGAGGCUGGAAGAGGGCGGCAGGAGGAUGGCAAAAAGCCCAGAAAGGUUCGCCUCACUCAGGGGAGCAAGUUUACAGGAGUGCUGGAACAAGAGUGAGCAGGACAGAGCCAUCCAGAGCCUCUACCACCGGCAUCAUAUCAAUAACCUCCACCAGCGAUCCUUUAUGCCUCCAUCUAUCUCCAGUGGAGCCUGCACUGACCUAGGGGGACGGUGCCAGGCUGCUUCUCCGCCAGCGGUAAGGGAGCGACCGCAUCAGGUGCCUGACAGCAUGAUGGUGUACGAUGAGGUUCUCCAGCAGCACCGCAGGCUGCUCAGCAAACUCGACCUGGAAGAGAAGAGGAGGAAAGAGGCCAAAGAAGGAGGUUAUUACUAUGACCUGGAUGAGUCAUAUGAUGAGAGCGAUGAGGAGGAGGUGAAAGCUCAUCUGAGAAGAGUGACAGAACAGCCCCCACUCAAGCUGGACACAUCUUCAGAGAAAGUGGAUUUUCUGCGUGUGUGUGGUCUUACUACGCUGACCCAUCGCGAUGAUCUUCUGGCUCAGAAGAGGAGGAAGAGGAGGAGGAUGAUGAAAGAGCGCAGCGUCUCUCCUCCGGCUGUGCAGGGCAAGAAAAAGGCCUGCUCACCUUCAACAUCUUCAACACCCACAACUCCCUUAACUACUCCGUACUCUGCCGAGCAGAUGGACUGCACCCCCGAACUGGAGAAGAAAAAAGACUUCCUCCUUAUGUUCAACCUCUCGCACGUCAGCCCACAGCAGAGGAGAGAUAAAGAGAGAACAGAAGAGCUGCUGAAGGCCAUUCAGAGGAAGACUGUGACGUUAGACACACUCAGAUAUAAUCCUUUACCACUGUGCAGAAGUCCUCCGGCUCCCUCCACUGGUGACUCCUUCUCAGCACCUCUGCGGUGUCCGUCAAAUGGACACCUGUACCCAGACUCUCCCAGCCCCUCCCCUCCCUACCUUAGCAAACAUAAACACCUUCAUAACGACGCGCACAAACCACCUGUAGACUCCACGGUAACUCGGCUCCCGCCUCCCUUGGCUCCCCAUCAUGAAAAGGCUGAAUUCGUGGAGACACAAUCGAACAGGAAGCGCCAGGGCCUCCAGAACGGUGCUGGCACUGGUGCCACUGGUGCUGCUGCUGCUCAGAAAAAGGAGCCUGGUCAAGUGCAGAAUGGGCGGAAUCGACCCUGGGAGCGGUUCACCCCUGAGGCCUUCGCUCAGCACUUCCAUCAGGCUGUGCUGCAGUCCACACACAGCACACUGCAGAACAAAGGACUCUUAAAUUGUGUCCCAGAGGCCGGCGUGAAGGCCGAUCCCUCGCAGCCUCACAGCGUCUCUCAGCUGAAAAGUUCAAAUCUCAUCCAUGUCUCUCAGCGCGCACAUAUCAAUGGCCAUCACUUCCCUUCUUCUGUAGCCAACCGGGACACUCUAGCCCCACAGGAGAACCUGUCUGAGGAUGAGGAAGAGUCCGAUCAGGAAGAGGACGAAGAGGAUGAAGAGGAGGAGGAUGUUCCAAGGAAGUGGCAGGGCAUUGAAGCUAUUUUUGAGGCCUACCAGGAGUAUGUGGAUGAAUGGAGUAUAGAGAGGCAAGUCCUUCACAGUCAGUGUAAAAGACUCGAAGCACAGAACUACAACCUGACCAGAACUGCAGAGCAGCUCUCUAUCACUAUGGGGGAGCUGGUGACUCAGAGGCAGAAAGUAAGAGAGGAGAGGGAGAGACUGCAGGCCCAGCUUGAGCACUUCAGGAGGUGUUUGACUCUACCGAACAUUCACUGGGGCAGGGGCCAAGUGAACGGGCACACGCCGAGGUGACCUCUGACACCGACUCUCCAAAGCCUCUGACAGCGAAGGAACAGUAACAAGAACGGGAUGGAGCCGGGCCACUCUCCUCGCUCGAAGCACUCGACAGAGCCAACAGUAGUCUUGUUACCCUUUUUGGACAGUCAAUUCUGUCACCUGACUGGUCCCAGAUACACCUUACUACCUGCUAUAUUUGUAUCACAGUAACUGUAAUCCAUGGUGUCCAUGUAGAGCUUAAACGGUCUGAUUCUUCCCAUGGAUUUCAACAACACUGUGUAGCUACAGCAGCAUCGUUAUUAGAGUAACGCUAACCACUCCUCCUCCUACUUGAGUUGGCUUUCAAGUACAGCAAUGUGAAAAAGAGAGUACAGCCUCUUUCAGUUCUAAGGUUUUACUUAUCAGGACAUAAUCACAAAAAUCAUCUGGUCCUUAACAGCUCAAAUGCAAUAUCAGUUGGACAAUAACAGCAGAGUGUCAGAACUAAGUACACCUCACGAUUCAGUCGCUUGAAGUACCACCUUUAGGUGCAAUAACUUGAAGUACUCAUUUUCUGUAUGACUUCAGCAGUCUCUUACAUCAUUGUGGAGGAAUUUUGGCCCAGUUUACUUUACAGCGUUGCUUCAGUUCACUGGGGUUUGCUUGCAUUUGUUUAUGCACGGCUCUCUUAAGGUCCUGCCACAGAAUUUUAGACAGGCUGAGGUCUGGAGUUUGUCAGGGCCAUUGGGCCUCAUUCACUAAUAUUUAUGUUAAAAUUUGUUACACAAGUGUGUAUGAAAAAAUAUCGUUGCGAUCAUAAAUUGUGCCCAACAGCCUUUUUUGUGUUAACCAACACACGUUUAUUACUGAAUCUGAAUCCAACAGGAUUCUGCAAUCUUCAUACCGCCACAGCCCGAUUUCUCUGUAUAAGUAAACACAUUGACCUCAAAGCGAAGUAGAGACAGCUGUGGUGAUGUUAAGACCUGCACUGCUAAAGCAAGAAAGCAGGAAAAAGUCUGACUGAAGAAACUGAAACAAGUUUGAACAACAAGCUAUAAAAAAAAUAAGAUAAGGAGCAGCUGAUCUGUCCAAGAUGAGAAACUCGCUCCCUUCUUUUUCUAAUAUCUGUGGAGAAGUGCCAAGAAACUGGAUUUUAAGGAAUCCCAUCCAGCGAUAUGACAGAAGUCAUUUUAAUGAAAAAAGAUCAUUUAAUGUAAGAUGAGAUAAAGGGAUAUUGGAAUACAUUUAAAUUAAAAGACCUACACCUUUUCAUUUAGUAUUUAGUUUUCUUUAUCUGAAAUUUUUAUUUAUUUAAUUGUAAUUCUGAUAAUCCUGAUUUUAUUAUUCAUAGUAGCAGCAGCAGCAGGAGCAGUAAUAAUAUUAGGAUUUAAAGACAGGUGUUUACAUUUUCUGAGACAUUAGACUUUCUGAGACAAAUGUACAGAGACACAUCUCUGUACAUUUGGUCAGGGGCACUUCUAAAUUUCUUUAUAGACUACAAACAAGUUUGCAUAUUAAAAUAUCGAUGAAUCACAGAUUUGUGUUUAACCACUGUUUGUGAAUGAGGCCCACUGUCUUGCUGCACGACCCAAUUUCUGCAAGUUGUUCCAAAAAAAUCGUGUAAUUUAUUCAGAUGCAACUUUACAAACCUAAGCCAUGCUGCCAUGAGAGAAGAGGCUUUCUCCUGGCAACCCUUCCAAACUAGCCAUACUAGUUCAGUCUCUUUCUAACUGUACUGUCAUGAACUUUAACAUUUAACAUGCUAAAUGACGGCUGUGGAGCCUGAGAUGCAGCUCUUGGGCUUUUGCAGUUCCUCUGAGCAGUGCCCCGUUUGACCUUGGGGUAAAUUUACUGGGACGUCCACUCCAGGGAACAUUGGCAACUGGUUUGCAUGUAUUCCACUUGUUAAUAAUCUUUCACUUAAAAAAUGUUGAAAAUGGCCUCACAACUCUUUUAAAACAAUUGCUCCUCAGAUCACUGCUGAUGUCUUAUCUCAUUGGGAUUGUGUUAAAACACACCUGAAUGCUCCUGAGCUGCAAACUUCCAAAACUUCUGCUUUUAUAGAGGUUCUCACACUUGCUGAUGGUUAAUCAAUCAGGCAGCACCUAGCUGCGGUGAUGGUGUACUUAGUUUUUCAUGCACUGCUUGGAAAUUCUGUUAUAGUUUUUGGUGAAAUUAAUAAUGACACGGUGUAAUGCAGCAUGCUUAUCUGAGGUUAUAGUUAAAUAAUGUUAGAACCCGGUAAGGACCAGAUAAUUUUUAUGUGCUGAUAUGUUACUACUUAGAUUCGAAAGAGAGUGUGCUUUAUUUUUUCUUCACAAGACUGUAUGCCCAGUGUACAGUCAUAUUUUCAUAUGGAUUUAAAAUGUUUCAGUCUACACUAAAUAAAUGUAUCAGCAGGCACAUAUCUGUAGCUUCUCUGGGCAGCAAUGAGGGAAUCCGGGUGUGCAAUGAUCACCCGGUUAGACCUCAGAAAAUAACAAUUGAGUCAAGGAAUCAAGCACACCUCAGGCCUUAAACUUGACAGGAUGCACUUGAAAUGUAAGCAGAGGGAAAACUUGACCGUCCUCUGUAUUGUAUGUUGUCUGCUUAGUUAUAUAUCUGACAGAUGAAGCAGUGUGUGUCGCUGGUAAGAGCUCUACGGAGCGUAGGGAACGUCUAAAAUGUCUAUAUAACAGCAAAUGGUAUCAAUGAAAUUUUUUUAGGUCAGAUUUUUUUAAUGGGUAAUGUCACUUGUGAUAGAUGAAGAGUUUUGUAUGCUUUAUCGGUUUAACCAUUUGUCGUGGGAAGCCAUAUGCUUUGUUUAAACUGCUGCUGGUCAGAAUGAAAAGGUUUAGAGAUUUGAGGAGACUGGGACAGUCGGUGUUACGUGACGCUAAAAUAAUUGAGAGGUGCACUGUGGAUGAACAAAUGUCGGUCAUGUACCAUUUUUAGGAUGGUACACCCAGGAGUCUGUGUCCCGAAGCCCUUAACAUGACCAUAAAUGUUAGAGAGAUAAAUAAGUCAUUGAAAUGCAGAUUCUGCAUCACUUGAACGAGGAUUUCUCGCAGUUAUUGUCCAAACUUCAACUGAAAACUACUUUCAGGAAGAGAAAAGCCAAACUAUUUAGUUAAUUAUUCCAAUUCAUGUCAAAACUAAUUAAAAAAAAAAGACACCUGUAAUAAUUAUUUAUUGUUUUAUGCGUAACCUAAGCGUCAGAAUAACGAACUAUACCUUUCACUGGUCUUUUGAUGAGACUUCUUUUUGUUUAAGACAAAAAAUAAUGUCACUUGUUCAGUUUCUAUCUACAAGCACAAGCACUGUAGCAAUCCCGCCCUCCCCUCCAGUUCACCCGACCCUCCUGCGUCACUUUCUCCGUCUCUGCAAACCUGCUGUGAAAUCUUGCCUAUUUGCUUCAAUCCGUUGUUAUGUAAUUUAUUAUUUGGGCUGUAUAAUUGCAAUGAAUUAUUUAUUAACAUACGGUAUAUUGCUGUAAAUUCGGGUGUAAAUUUACAUUAAAAUACUUGUAAAAACUC